UAUUUUUAUCGAUUUUUAAAUUCGAUGGCAACCUUCAUGUAAUAAACUUGCCUCCAGAUAAUGGUUAGGAAAAUGGGCCUUAUCAUGCCUUUAAUUAUUCAGAACUGAAUUUAUGACUUGUAAAAUUAAUUGCAUCUAUGAUUAUGAUUACUAUUGAUAUCAUAUUCAAUCAUGGUUGAUAAUGAACAAUAUGAUAUAUGGAAAAAACAAGAUGCACAAGAGCUAAAUAUCAACGAUUUCAAACAUGGACAUGGCCAUUUUUUUAUUAAAAAAUCUUUUCAUAAACCAACAUACUGUCAUCAUUGUACAGAAAUGCUUUGGGGUCUAAUAGGACAAGGAUAUAUAUGUGAAGUAUGCAACUUCGUCGUUCAUGAUAGAUGCCUGAAAACUGUCGUUUCGCCAUGUUCAACUAUAGCUACUAGUCUCAUAAAAAAUCCAGUUGCUCAUUGUUGGUCCGAGCCGGGUCAUUUUAAACGCAAAUUUUGUAACGUUUGUCGCAAAAGAUUAGAUGAUUCUUGGGCCAUCAGAUGCGAAAUUUGCGAAUACUAUGCUCAUUUGGAAUGCCAAGACUUUGUUGUUAGCGACUGCAAAGACUGUGCAUUAUACACUUCCAAUGGCUUUAAAUGCCAAAUCCAAUAUCAUCAUUGGAGAGAGGGCAACCUGCCAUCUAACUCGAAAUGCUCUAUCUGUAAAAAGACUUGUUGGUCGUCCGAAUGUUUAUCCGGAAUGAGAUGCGAUUGGUGUGGUAUCAAUGCUCACGCUACAUGCUACAAAAAACUUCCGAAAAUAUGCGACUUCGGAUUAUUCAAACCCAUAAUGCUUCCACCUCAAUCUAUUUCGAUACCUAGAGUCGAUUUACCUAGAGAAAUAAUUCUAGGGAUAAAUUCGAAAUUCGUUCCUAUAAAUCGUCAAAUUAUCGAAGAACAGUCAUCCUCUAGUAGUGAAUACAAAACGAGCAAGGAAGAAAAUGAAUCCAGUAGUACUGGAAAGAAGGACAAAGAGAAAGAUGAAGAUAAUUACAUAGCCGUUCGGGUAUACGACGGAAAUGUUUCUUACAAGCGACAACAUAAUUACAAGAAUAUCAUAGUUCAUAAAGGGGAAAGUGUGGAAGAGAUCAUAGCCUCUUCCUUGCGUACAUUCCACGUUUCCGAUAAUCCCAAAAAUUAUUACGCCUCGCUCAUUACUAAUCAGUCUUCUUGCUCCUUAGUUAAAAACGACAUGUUCAAUGACGAUAUAUUAAGAGAUCCCGACCAUUUUUCCCAACUCAAACUCAAUUCCACCCUUUCAAAAUACGGUGUUUCACUUUCCGGUUCUAACAACAAACCCAGCAUUAUUUUGAGAUCCCGGUUAAAAGACGAAACCAAUGGCUACCUGCCCGUUUAUCCUGGCCUGCUAAGAAUUGACCUACGGGAGCCAAAAAACAUUCCAGUGUCGUGCAAUACGACCGUUUAUCAAAUCAUCCAAGAAGCUCUCCCUACAUUUGGGCUGCAAGGAGAAAAUUCAAGAGAUUAUCGCCUCGUCGAAAUGAUUUUAGAAAAGGAAGUCGUUCAGAGGGUCAUGUCCGACGACGAAAAACCUUGGAACAUAAUGCAGAACAUUUCAAAAGAAUCACUUUAUAAGAUGAGAAUGACGCGAUUUUAUCUCCAAGAAAAAGAAGACCCUCACGGUAAAACGAUAUCCUUAUUUAUUGGAAAUCUACCACCCAGUUUGUCGCAAAGGCAAUACGAAACCAUACUAGCAAAUCUUUUGGAAAAAUCGCUUAAAUACAACAAUAUCGGGCCAUUUUACUACGAAUACGGUUGCCUUGUAAUAACUUACGAUUCCCCCGAUAUAUCCGUCAAGGCAUUUAAAACACUUAAAUCCGCCACUUAUGACGAUAAAAGCUUGAUCGUUUUACUCCUACCUAAUAUUCACCCAUCAAAUAUCCCUUCAAACGUGGCCCCACUACUCGUAUUUGUCAACGUUAAAAGCGGAGGAUGCCAAGGGCUAGGACUCAUAUCUUCCUUUCGUAAACUUUUAAAUCCUCACCAAGUUUUUGACUUGGAAAAUGACGGACCUCUACCUGGCCUAUACGUUUUCCGUAACGUGGCCCGUUACAAGAUAUUGAUAUGCGGAGGUGACGGCACGGUUGGUUGGGUCCUUUCCUGCUUGGAUAACGUGGGCCAGGACUCUAAAUGCGAAAAUCCGCCUUGCGCGGUUAUACCUCUGGGCACUGGUAAUGAUUUAGCCAGAGUUUUAAAUUGGGGCCCUGGUUAUACGGGAGGUGAGGAUGCUCAUAGUCUGUUAAGAGAUGUCAUAGAGGCCGAGGAAGUCAGAUUAGAUAGAUGGACUUUAGUGUUCCACCCCGAUGAUAAAUAUACCGAUGACUCCAAAUAUAUAAAUUGUUUAAACAACACCCAAAACACAGAAGAUAAUACUCAAAUAUACAUCAUGAAUAAUUAUUGCGGCAUAGGUCUUGACGCUGACAUCUCUUUAGAUUUUCACAUGGCCAGAACCGAGAAUCCUAGCAAAUUUAGUAGUCGGCUGCAUAAUAAAAGUGUUUAUCUAAAAAUGGGCUUACGGAAAAUGAUGAAGAAAAAGAUUAGUCGGGACUUGCAAAGGGAUAUUAAAUUAGAAGUCGAUGGCAAGGAAAUCGAUAUUCCCGCCGUAGAGGGUCUAGUCAUUUUGAAUAUUUUAAGCUGGGGUUCGGGGGCCAAUUUGUGGGGAGCCGAACGUGAAGAUCAAUUUCAAAAACCUACUCAUUACGAUGGUAUGCUUGAAAUUGUGGGAGUCAGUGGCGUAGUUCAUAUGGGUCAAAUACAAAGCGGACUCAGGAGCGGAAUUCGGAUAGCACAAGGAGGACAUAUAAGAAUCACGAUUAUAAAUGAAAUACCGAUUCAAGUAGACGGAGAACCAUGGCUUCAGCAACCUGGUCAAUGCGUCGUGUUAAAAUCCGCCUUGAAGGCUGCCAUGCUUCGUAAAGUGAAGCAUCACAAAUCCUCAUACCCAACUAUGACUCAACCUCAGCUCGCUAUCACCUUCAACAAUCCCAAAAUGAAACGUUGCAAUACGGACCCGCCAGCCACCACGCUUAGCAGCCCCUCAUCUCCUCCCCACUUGCUUCGAAAUAUCGACAAUACCAGGGAACUCAUACCUUCCGACCAAAAUAAUGACAAUAAUGAUCAAAACGACGUCAUUCCUUAUGUUUCUACCGUUUGAAAAACACGCGCUAAUUUUACUUUUCUUUAUUUAAUAAUGCUCCAAUUACCAAAUAUUUGAAAAUGAUUAGUAUAUUCACUCUCAAACAUUUCCCACAACAAUCCAAGAUAGGAUAUUGCUUUUUUUAUAUUCCCGAGAAUAUAAAAUAUUUUACAAAUGUUUAUUUACUAAAUUAUUCUCAUAAUUCCUAAGAUAUAUUAAGGGGCAAUAAUUGUAUCACUUUCUUUAAAAUUAUAUUACCUUAUAUAUCUAUCAUAUAUUUUUAUGACGAGAAACAGCUUCAUAUAUAAUAUAUUCAAUUUUACACAAUUUCGGUGCCAAUAAAAAAAUUUCCUUUAUGUAAUUCUGACGAAGUGACUAGAAUCGACUUCGAAAAAGACAACAUAAUUAUAAUAAUAUAAAUUUCACAGUCUUAGUUUACAAAAUAACCAAAUUAAUUUAUUUUCAAAUCGUUUUUUAAAUUGUCAUAAUUUUAAUAUUUUUUUUUAAAAAAAAUCUAUUCGUAUAAUAAUAUAUAUAUGGUAUUAAUAUAUAUAGUUAUAAAAAAAAAUUUAAUUUUUAAAACAAAAAAUUAUAGAAUUUGUUUAUAAAAUAAUUUGACGCCAAAUCUAUAUUUAAUUUUUA